AUGGCAUCAGGAAUACCCUACACUCCUAAGCCAGUUACUGAUAUCUUCACACCUUACCAAACAGACAUCGACCGACGGAGAUGUACAAGAACGAAACCUAUGAAAGUCCUCGCCCUAGGUCUUGGACGAACCGGUACUGCUUCAUUAAGGGCAGCUCUCCAAGAGUUGGGCUACAAUGAUACCUACCAUAUGAUGAAUGCUAGUGUUGAAAAUCCUCCAGACUGCCUCUGUUGGAUGGACGCAUUCGCUGCAAAGUACGAAGGAAAGGGUACAUUUGGCCGCAAAGAGUGGGAUGGCCUGCUGGGUCACUGUAUGGCAGUAUGCGACUGGCCAGCAGUUGCCUUUGCGAAAGAGUUGAUUGAAGCUUAUCCUGACGCUAAGGUCAUUAUCACCACUCGAGAUGUUGACUCCUGGCAUGCCUCCGUUAUGAAGACAGUCAACUGGCGAGCAAACGAUCCAGAGCUUAAAGCCGUCGCCAAUUUCGACUGGGCAGCUGGUCUUUACUAUCCUAUGCUUCGCAAGUUCUGGGAUCAUUUCUUCUACGGUGAUUUCGAGCACAGAGGCAAAGAGAAAUUUCAGGGAUACUACAAAGAAAUCAGAGAGCUCGUCCCACCAGGCAAUCUGCUUGAGUUUCGUGUCAGCUCGGGUUGGCGUCCCCUCUGCGAUUAUCUCGAGCAACCAAUUCCAGACAAGCCCUUUCCUCGAUCCAACGACGCUGAACAGUUCGUCGAGCGAUGCCGAACCCAGAAUCGCAAGCAAAUGAUGAAUGUCCUGUUCAGAGCUAUGGUUGUCGGGGUGCCGGUCGUGGCCACCUUCGUAAGCGCAACAUUCGCCUACACACACUGGGCACCUGCAGCUUUUAGUCCUCUCGCUUCUACUUCUAUAUCUUGA